UCUAAGUAUUAUGCCUACCAACAAGACAUAAGAUGACUACUCCUAACAGUGAAGAUCAGCCUGUUGCUUCUAACAGCUCACAUCCAGAUGAAUACAAAAUUGCUGCCCUUGUUUUCUACAGCUGUAUCUUCAUAAUUGGAUUAUUCGUCAAUGUCACCGCAUUAUGGGUUUUCAGUUGUACCACUAAGAAGAGAACUACUGUAACUAUCUAUAUGAUGAAUGUGGCAUUUUUGGACUUAAUAUUUAUACUGAGCUUACCUUUUCGGAUGUUUUAUUAUGCAAAAGGUGAAUGGCCAUUUGGAGAGGACUUCUGCCAGAUUCUUGGUGCUCUCACAAUAUUUUACCCAAGUAUUGCUCUAUGGCUUCUUGCUUUUAUUAGUGCUGACAGAUACAUGGCCAUUGUGCAGCCAAAAUAUGCCAAAGAACUUAAAAACACAUGCAAAGCCGUGCUAGCAUGUGUAGGAAUCUGGAUAAUGACUCUGAUGACCACCACCCCUCUGCUAUUUUUAUAUGAAGACCCAGAUAAAGCUUCCAACCCUGCCACCUGCCUAAAGAUUUCUGACAUUAUCUACUUAAAAGCCAUUAACAUGUUGAACUUCACUAGACUGAUAUUUUUUUUCUUGCUUCCUCUGUUCAUCAUGAUUGGGUGCUACUUGGUCAUUAUUCAUAGUCUCCUUCAUGGUAAGACAUCUAAGCUGAAACCAAAAGUCAAGGAGAAGUCUAUCAGAAUCAUCAUCACUCUCGUGGUGCAAGUGCUCGUCUGCUUCACGCCUUUCCACAUCUGUUUCGCUUUCUUAAUGCUGGCAGGGGAAGAAAAUAGUUACAGCCCCUGGGGAGCCUUUACCACCUUUCUCAUGAACCUCAGCACAUGUCUGGAUGUUAUUCUCUAUUACAUUGUUUCAAAACAAUUUCAAGCUCGAGUCAUUAGUGUCAUGCUAUACCGCAAUUAUCUUCGGAGUGUGCGCAGAAAAAGUUUUCGAUCAGGUAGUUUACGGUCACUGAGCAAUAUAAACAGUGAAAUGCUAUGAAUGAUAUUUUUGUUUUGUUCUUCAAUCUCUUUAAAAUUCACUUUAUAACCAUUCUAGGGUUAGGCUGAAGGAUAUUCCCUAUGAUAUUAUCAAGCUCUUCCUCCUGGAAAAAA